AUGACCUCCCAACUAUCCGAGGAGAUCCUACCCUCUCCGGGGAGUAUCUCUCCGAACAGUCCGACCAGUUCGGCAGACCAGAUCCCGUUGGAGCAACCGCCGAAACUCAAGGGUCGUCAGAAGUUACUCCAGAGUCUCCAACGCAUGUCAUCCAGCCCGACGCUGACCAGACGCGGACGCUCCUCGUCAACUACUAGCUACCGCCGUGAUCAUAAGGCUUCUCUCUCUUGUGUUUCGCUAUCGUCGACGUCCUACUCGCCCUGUCUAGGCAAUGGAAGUUCCUCCCAGCUCUAUGGCGGCCUCAAUCCUCGGCCUGCUACUCCCGGCUGUUCUAGUUCUCCGGGCGAGCCCCAUGGCACAAACGCUCGCAUACGUUUGAUGGACACUGAUAGCCCUGGUUUCACUACACCUCGCACCGUGCCUUUGCCCUUCGAUGUGAGGCCAGCAUCGCAUGGGUCGCCACGCACCGCGACGCCGGUGGGAUUUAAGGUGGAGGAGGAGGUCUCCCUUCCAGAAUCCCAGCCGGCUAGAUCUCUUGAUUUUUGGGGCGAUAUGCCACAAGAGCUUAAGAUGGAGAUCUUCCAGUACCUCACCCCGCAGGAAAUUGUCUGCUGCUCCUCUGUAUCCAAGGCGUGGAAUGAGAUGUGCUAUAACGGACAAUUAUGGUCCAAGGUUGAUACGACCGAGUACUACUCUAAGAUCCCGAGCGAUGUUUUGGUCAAGCUUAUUACUUCUGGUGGUCCGUUUGUCCGAGACCUCAAUCUCAGAGGCUGCGUUCAGAUGUGUGAGAAAUGGUCCUCGGACGGAGAACGGAUUUCAGAUCUGUGCCGGAAUGUCGUCAAUUUCUCGCUUGAGGGUUGUCGUAUCGACAAGGCAUCCGUCUACUCUUUCCUCCUUCGUAAUCCCCGUUUGGAAUAUAUCAAUCUCUCGGGUCUGUCAAGUGUCACAAACUCGGCCAUGAAAGUCAUUGCACGGUCUUGCCCGCAACUUGAGACGUUGAAUGUUUCUUGGUGCAAUAAUGUCGAUACAACCGGUCUUCUUCGGAUUGUCCAGUCCUGUGAGCGGUUGAAAGAUCUUCGGGCCAGCGAAAUCCGCGGGUUUAAGGAUGAGAAAUUCACUUUGGCUUUGUUUGAGCGCAAUACUUUGGAUCGCUUGAUCAUGAGUCGUACCGACCUGACCGAUCACAGCCUGAAGAUGCUGAUCCAUGGCGAGAACCCCAAUAUGGAUAUUCUGACCGAUCGGCCUAUCGUUCCACCUCGAAAAUUCCGUCAUUUGGACCUUCACCAUUGCCCUGAAGUGAGCGACGAUGGAUUGAAAAGCCUGGCCUAUAACGUUCCAGAUUUGGAGGGCCUGCAGAUUUCCCAGUGCUCCGAGCUGACCGAUGAAUCUGUCAUGGACGUCAUUCGCACGACGCCAAAACUGUCGCAUUUGGAACUGGAGGAUUUGGAGAACUUGACAAACGUCACCCUGGUGCAGCUGGCUGAAUCUCCAUGUGCCCAACACCUGGUACACUUGAACAUCAGUUACUGUGAGAGUCUCAGCGACACAGGAAUGCUUCGAGUAAUGAAGAACUGUCCAAAACUCCGAUCCGUCGAAAUGGACAACACCAGAGUGUCAGAUCUGACCCUGAUGGAAGCCAGCUUCCGCAUCCGUCGCCGCGGGUACAGCGACGAGGUCCCCCAAGUCGGACUGCGCCUUAUGAUAUUCGACUGUGCAAACGUCACCUGGGCAGGGGUCAGGGAAGUCCUCUCCAGCAACGCAUACAUCCCGCGCCCGUCCCGCAAGCCCGUUUCAACAGUGGUAACAGUGACUCAUACCUCAGACGCCGGCUCUUCCCCGGCGACAAGUACCUUCGUCACUCCAGCCUCCUCACCUUCGCCACCGCCAGCGCCAACCUAUCCCAACGAAAUCAUCCAGCUCAAAUGUUUCUACGGCUGGCAGAUGACCGUCGACGAACACACGAAACGUAUCCUGCGCGGCGAUCUCGCUGCUGCAUCCCGGCUGGACCGGAAAUGGGCCGAGUAUAUGGUCGCCACGGAGGAGGCUGGCGCUGCUGGUGCUGGUGCUCGCCGACGUCGACGUCGUGCCCGUGAAGCCGAACGACUGUACAAUGAAGACGAAGACGAACACGAUGCUUAUGGCGUAGGCGCUAUCUCUGCUCUUGGUGGGAGACGCAGACGAGCCCAGAGCGGCGGCAGCUGUAAUGUCAUGUGA